AUUGAACGACGUACCGUGAACUUGAAUAAAAUACUUCCACGCUUAUGUGAACUGGCAAAGCCUCGAAAAAUUACUCCAAAGUAUCAAAAACCACCAGAAAAACAUUUUUGUUUGCCAGGAAAAAUUCGGGAUUGGAAAGCCCAUUAUCUUUGGCUUGAAUCUCGUGCUCGUCCAAAACUCAUUUAUAAACCCAUAACACCUGAAAUUCGUUCCAAAACUCGAUCGAUGUUAAGAACAUUUAAGAUUACUUCAAGACUUGAACGAUUGGCAAAGCCGCGUUUAUUUGUUUCAAAUUUUGGUAUGUUUAAAAGCUGCGGAAGGAACAAGAAGAAUAUUAAUCCACCUAAUACACCUAUUAUUAUUUAUUGAACCAAAUAAAUUGUUUAACAGC